GAGAAAGCUUCUCGACGCCGCAGCCAUUAUAGAUCCCGUUGUGAGUGACUGAGUCUUUUUGAUAGCUCCUCUUAUUUUCCGGGAAAAGUACGCUUCCUAAGCGACGCCGACAUCUGAGAAGCUUUCAUAAAGUUAAAUCUCAUUGGAAAUAAUGAAAACGUAUAGUAGAAAAAAGGGCGAUGGCCCUAGCAACGUAAUUAUUCACGUGAACGAGUUGUGCCGACUGUGCUUGGCAAAGGAAGAAGAGAUGGUGCCGAUUUUCGACGACGAGACCAUACCGUUGCCUCUUAGAAUCAUGGCAUGCGUCAAUUUGGAAGUUUAUGAGGAAGAUGGUCUACCAAAUAAAAUUUGUCAUCCGUGCAAGUACCAAUUGGAAAAAUCUUAUCAAUUUAAAAAAAAAUGCGAAGCCGCUGAUGUUAAGCUUAGGAAACACAUGAAAUUAAUACGUCAGUUAACUGGUCAAGAUGAAGAAACGGACAAUCAAGAGAAUAAUACGGAUGAAUUGAAGGAAGCGUCUGGUAGUGGGAAAUCUAAACAAGUUAAACAAUUAUUAGCUGAUUUAGUGUCAACUAAAGGAACCGGAGGUCAAGCUGAUGGAGAUCCUAUAGAAGUUACGGAAGAAGAAUUAGUUGGUGGAUAUAUUUUAGGUAUGAAUUCAGAAAAUCCAGAAAUGGAAGAACCUAUGUCUGAAGAUCCAGAAAGUAUUACAUUAGUACCAGCUGAAGAAAGAACAGCAAAAGCCCGAUGUACGAUACGUACAACAAGAAUUAAACAAGAACAAGAGUCUGAAGAUGAAGCUGAAGAAGUACAAAGAGCUAUUGCAAAUGCAGAUCAUAAAAAUGUUUACAUGAUGGAGUUGACUAGUAAUAGUUCUGGCCAAGGAGAAUCAUUGAAAUUACAACCAAUGGGUGACACAAUAGUUGAUGCAAGUACAGAAUUAAAAGUAUUUCAAUGUGAUAAGUGUCCAAAAGCAUUUACUAGAAGAAUUAUGUUAAAAAGUCAUCAAUCAGUUCAUUCUACUCAAAGAGGAUAUACGUGCCAAGCAUGUGAAAAAUGGUUCCCUACAAGAUCAGCAUUAAUAAGGCACGAACGUACACACACUGGUGAAAAACCAUUCGGUUGUAAUAUAUGUCAUCGUGCAUUUGCACAGAAAGAAAUAUUACUACGUCAUUUAAUGACUCAUUCUGGACAAAAACCAUUCCAGUGUCAACAUUGUGACAAAAGUUUUACGCAACGUGAAGCACUAAAGGUACACAUGCGUCGACAUCAAAAAUUAGAUCCAAAUGAUAUACAACUCCAUCAUUGUCAACUAUGUCCUAAAGCAUUUUGUCAUGCGUCAGGACUUAGCAGGCAUUUAGUUACGCAUACAGGUAGAACAUAUAAGUGUGUUGAAUGUGACAAAUCUUUUACAGAUAAAAGUUCACUUUUAAGGCACAGUCGCAUUCAUGCACCUAAAAAGAUUUAACGAAUUAAUAUUCAACGAAUAAAAUUACGUUUUACUUCCAGCUGAAGAAAUAAGAAUUUUACUUCUUUGGGUCUAGUUGUAAAUUUUUUAUAAAAUGAAGGGAGUAUACUCUCGUACUUUUAUAAUUACAAAUGAAAAUCAUGGUUGACAAUGACCGUUUAUUAUAAUAUAUACGUCGAAUGUUAUUCAAUUUUAAAUUAUAAAUUAUUGUAAUUUUUUAUAUAUUAACAUACAACUGACCCAUAGAAAUUGGAUAUCGUUAAAAGGUAUUUUACCUUUUUUUGAUUCUUAUUCAACUAGCCCCUAUUUGACAAUUGUUUUUGUUUAUUCUUUCGUUGACUCUUUAAAUAAAUGUAUAAAAAAAAAAAAAAAAAAAAAAAAA